AUGGAUAUCAUUAUCGCUUCGUUCGACUCGAUAUCAGAAGUCAACAUGGACUACACGAUCACCAUGUAUUUACAUCAAUAUUGGACUGACGAACGGCUCUCGUGGGGUGGUUCAGUACCGAUAGAUGAAAUGACUUUGAGUGGAGAAUUCUCUCAAAAUAUCUGGGUACCGGAUACAUUCCUCGCCAACGACAAACACUCAUUCCUUCAUGAAGUCACCGAACGCAAUAAAAUGCUGAGGAUUAGCGGCGAUGGAAAAAUCGCCUAUGGAAUGAGGCUCACGUCAACGCUUAGCUGCUCGAUGAACCUACGCAAUUUUCCAUUGGAUUCGCAAAAUUGUACGGUAGAAAUAGAAUCAUAUGGCUACACUACAUCAGAAGUACUUAUGCUGUGGAAUCGUCCAAAAGCUGUUCAUGGCGUUGAGGACGUUGAUGUCCCACAAUUCACCAUCACUGGUUACCAAACAGAAGAUCGUGUUGUCAGCACAGCUACAGGUGAUGUUUGUUUUGUGUUCGUCUUUGCUGCUUUACUUGAAUAUGCGGCUGUGAACUAUUCGUACUGGGGUCGGAGAUCUCGAGGAGGUGGCGAGGAAGGAUGGCCAGUAUGCAAUUCCAAUAAGGACGACCGUGAAAGUGCUGUCAACAUCAAGGAGUGGGGUGUACCAAGCAGUCUCAUUGACCUUAAGGCAAUCCAACUUCUGAACCCUCGAACUCACGAUCUGAACUCGACCGCUUUGGCUGCAACUGCUCCCGAGUCUCUUUCCUCAGCUUCGAGGAAAAAGCGCCAGUCAAGUCCGAUACCGUCUCUUUGCCCUUCUGGACCAAAUGGUAUUGACGAAGAUGACUCACCAGAAUAUCCACGAUAUGCCUCAACCGUUCAGGGAGCUAUUCGCUGUACUUACAGGACCGCACGACGGCUACGAACGACAAGGUUGAGAGCGCAAAGUAUGACGAUGUCGUUGCAUCGGAUGGGUGUGCGAGCUCGCAAAGCGUUGCCUCGUAUUCGGGUCCGAGACGUGAACGUCAUCGACAAGUACUCGCGGACCGUCUUUCCUAUUUGUUUUGUGAUUUUCAAUAUUUUCUACUGGGGUUACUACUCCAUCAUACAGCUGUAA